GGGGAGGUUCGUAUAAAAAUACUUAAAACCUUUCUAGUGGGGUAAAGAGGGUAAGAGUUUUAUUUUAUUUUAGGUGUGCCGAAUGAACACCACUCCACCCCAGGGAUGGGCCCCUAGUCGGCCCUACAAGCAGGACCCUACUGCGGAACUGGGCCGUACUAACGUUUGCCCGGGGGAACGGGAUGUAUCUGGUCCCAGCUCGGCGCCCCGACCUGAGGCCGCUUUGCCAGAGGCUAGAAUCAUGGGACUAUUGGCCAGGGAGCAAGAUCCCCUGUUGGCUGGACCCCUGGGUAUAUUCUCUGCGGCCGAAGAGGAUGCGCUGCUAGAAGGCCCCAAUGUGCUGUUGGAGGACGUAAACAUAGAUGAACUGUUGCAGUAUAUCGACUGAUAUUGACGGUUUGUAAUUUUGUAAUAUUAGACAUGGACAAACUGUUACAACA